CCUAGUUAUUACAUUACAAGUUACAUCUAACAAAUAAUAAACCAUGUCAAUGAGAUUAUCUAUUAGAACCCUCAUUAUUCUUGCUCAUGUGUGUCUCUUUAUAACGACAACAACAAUAGCUCAGUUUGUCUUGGACACAGUCGGAGAACCCGUUGAAGGCGACGAAGAAUACUUCAUCCGUCCAGUUAUCACAAACAAAGGAGGACGUUCCACUAUGGUCAGCAGAAAUGAAUCAUGCCCUUUACAUGUUGGUCUUGAGCUCACUGGCUUAGGACGCGGGCUGGUUGUCAAAUUCACACCAUUUGCUCCCCAUCAUGACUUCGACGAUGUUAGGGUUAACAGAGACUUGAGAAUAACAUUCCAAGCUUCAUCAAGUUGUGUACAAUCAACAGAAUGGAGAUUAGGUGAGAAAGACACCAAGAGUGGAAGAAGGUUGAUUAUCACUGGGACAGAUAGUGCUACCAAUGGAUCAUAUGGUAACUUCUUUAGGAUUGUAGAGACCCCACUUGAAGGUAUGUAUAAUAUACAAUGGUGUCCUACAGAGGUAUGUCCAAGUUGUAAAUUUGAAUGUGGAACUGUUGAUAUGUUGAAUGAGAAUGGUAAGAUUUUGUUGGCCCUAGAUGGUGGUCCCCUCCCUCUUGUUUUCCAGAAAGAAUAA